ACCGCGGAGGAAAGCGUUCUCUCACCGUUGCUAGCUUGACCGAAACAAACGCCAUUGAUGGUUGCAUCAACUGCUUUCUGUGAUUGUUGUUGUCAAGCUCGACUCCGAGGAAACGUGAAGCUGUCUGAUAUCUAGAGUUUAAAAACAGGUUAAUAAAGACACUUCGACGAGAAAAAAUAUAAUUUUCCUACUCCGACUGCUGUUCCGCUGGCUAACGUUACGAGUUUCUUGUUUUUAGCAGCUGUCGGUGGACACAAUGGGACGAAUCUUCUUGGAUCACAUUGGUGGGACUCGUCUCUUCUCCUGUGCCAACUGUGACACUAUUCUGACCAACCGAGCUGAACUCAUCUCUACACGCUUUACUGGAGCCACCGGCCGAGCCUUCCUGUUCAACAAGGUUGUGAAUCUGCAGCACAGCGAAGUGCAAGACAGAGUCAUGUUGACGGGGAGGCACAUGGUGCGGGACGUCAGCUGCAAGAACUGCAACAGCAAGUUGGGUUGGAUGUACGAGUUUGCCACAGAGGAAAGCCAGCGCUACAAGGAGGGCCGUGUCAUCCUGGAGAGGGCGCUGGUGAGGGAGAGCGAAGGCUUCGAGCACGUUCCCUCUGACAACUCCUGAGUUCACUUGUGUUGCGACAACAAAGCCCAGCACGUGCGUACUACAGCUUUUCCUUCAGCAGCAGUGCAUGGACAGUGUGCCAUUUGUGAGUAGAGCUACACCAAAAUAGUAUCACAAGCUGAGUGUUUUCUGAGAAGUUUCAACAAGAAGUGGUGGCCAUUUCCCAUAACUUUAAACAUCUAAGAAUUUCUUCUACGAUGGGUGAUAAUGCCAUGGCUUCUCUACACAAGUACAACUGCCCUCAGCUUCAACAUGUGCCCAGCAGGCUGCGAUGUUCUUACAAUGUGUUGGUGUGGUGUGAUUUUGGCUGCUGUCAGGAGGAGAGGAUCUGCUCCUCCUGCCCUACAGGAAGCUCAGACUGAUUGUUUUGCAGAGGUUUGAAGAGCCAUUUUUGACUCUUAACGGAAGAUUUAGUCACACAGCAUGUCUUGCAGUAAAUUCCAUUCCUGCCAAGUGUUUAGUGUGACCCUAAGGCAGAAAUUCAUUAUUUCCAAUAAACAUGAAAUUAUUUUUCUUUCAUAUGAGCUGUACCUGUGUAUUCCCUAGAAUAAAAGAAUAUUAUCAAAGUAAAAAGAAUUUUAACCCCAUAAAGUUAAUUUGUAUCAUCUCAAUGUCAUUCUUGGUGUUAUUAACACUGAACCUAUAAAGUUCUGAUGUCCUCACUUUAUUGAUGUUAACAGAAGUGAUUAUAAAGUUUAGAGCGGGUUUUACAGUGAUGGAAAAAAAAAAUCUCAAAUCUAGCGUUUGUCAUUUUUAAAUUUUAAUAUCCUUUUCCUGCAAACGUUCCUGCAAAAAGCUGACUUACUGAUCUUCAUUCCAUGUGAUGUUAUUUUUCAGCCUUUUAAUUACCAGUUUCCUUUUUUGUCAAAUGUUAAAAUUAAAUGGUGGCAGUUGACAAAUCAUUUGAAUGAAACAUUGAACAUGUUUUUUUGGCCAAAAAUAAAUUCAAAUAUGUAUUCAUUGAA